AGAAAUGAGGAAAUUAUAAAUUGGGGAUGUUGUAGAUAGAUUGGAAUGCUGUAUUUGUGUUUCUUGUGUCUUGUUUCGUUGGUUGUGGUACUGAACUGAGCUAAGUAUCAUGCCGUCACUUGUUCAUUAUUUUGAUCUCAGUGAUGGAAUGAAAUUACAGGUGAAAGUUUCUGGGUGUUCCAAGGGGAGUAAUGCAAAAUUGGAGUUUCAACUGAGGAACUGUUCAAACACAUGGGUGCUUCACUGGGGUGGAGUUUAUCGAGGGCAGACGAAAUGGAUCCUUCCUUCUAAUUAUCCUUCCGGGACCAAAAAUUUUGAGCAAAAGGCACUGCAAACCCCCUUUGUGAAGGUUGGUGAGGUCUAUUUAGUCGUAAUAGAGUUGAGGGACCCCAAAAUUCAUGCUAUCGAAUUUGUUUUGAAAGAUGACAGAUUGAAUAAAUGGCUGAAGCUGAAUCAAAGCAAUUUUCGGAUCGAGAUACCUGAGGAUGUAGUGGUGCUCAAUGCUUCUCAUUUAUCUAUACCAAAAGAUUUAGUAGAACGUAGGGCAUAUUUACUUUGGGAAAGUAAGGGCAAGCCAAGAAACUCUCCGCAGCAGCAAAAGGAAGACUAUGAUGCUGCAUAUAAAGAGAUUCAAAGCCAGUUUUCCAAGGGAGUUUCCUUAGAAGAACUGAGAAACUGCAGUCAUCCAUCGCCAGCGAAAAGGAGCGUCGAUGAAAAAGAACGUCCUAUAGUUGUUAGCAGGGCUCCGACACCCAAUUCUCACAGAAGAUAUGAUGUAGGGUUGUGGUUAAACAAAACUUCCAAUGCACAAGCUAAAGCCAACAACUUCGCAGCAUCAGCUUUCAUGAAUCUUGUUGAGAAGUGUAUUGGAGGAGAUAACGUGAUCCUGAGGCAAAAGUUUCAAGUUGGCAACCAUGAAAUAGUUAUUCUUUUGAUAACUGUCAGGGGUGACUAUCAUUUGAUCGUUGCCUCGAAUAUGAAAGGUGCCUUGGUGCUUCACUGGGGUAUAUCAAAGCUCUCAGCUACAGAGUGGUUGAUUCCCCCACAAGCGCUGUUGCCUGAAAGGUCGAAACUGGUCAAUGGAGCAUGUCAGUCUUAUUUUAAAGAAAUGUCAUCAAGAGAGGGCUGGUUUCAGUUUGUGGAUAUUAACCUUCGAAGCAUGGAUCUCUUGGGAAUCCAAUUUAUCCUCUGGUCUGGUGAGUCUUGGUUAAAGGACAAUGGAUCAAACUUCUUUGUGGACCUCAAGCCGACAAGUCAGAAAUCCAAACAGGAUGAAGGAGACGGGAAAAAAAUAGUGAAAUGGUUACUUGAUGAAAUAAAUCGACGAGAAACAGAUGCUGAAAGGUCAUUGAUGCAUAGGUUCAAUAUUGCCAAAGAAUUAGCUGAACGCUGCCAGAGCGAAGGGCAGCUGGGACUCAUUGGUAUAUUAGUCUGGUUGAGGUUUAUGGCAUGCAGACAACUUACAUGGAAUAAGAACUAUAAUGUUAAGCCUCGUGAGAUCAGUGCCGCACAAGAUGCUUUCACUAAUUUACUACAAAGAAAAUAUUCCAGCCAGCCAAAUGAUAGGGAAAUUUUGAGAUUAAUUAUGUCGACUAUUGGUCGAGGAGGUCAAGGUGAUGUAGGGCAGAGGAUUCGUGACGAAAUUCUUGUUCUUCAGAGAAAUAAUGACUGCAAAGGUGGAAUGAUGGAGGAAUGGCACCAAAAGUUACACAACAACAGCAGCCCGGAUGAUGUAAUAAUUUGUCAAGCACUCUUGGAUUAUGUUAAAAGUGAUUUCAAGAUUGAGGUUUAUUGGAAUACCCUAAAAGCAAACGGCAUAACUAAAGACAGACUACGGAGUUAUGACCGUCCUAUUGUGUCUGAGCCUCGUCUCAGGGUGGAUACUAAAGGAGGACUUAUUCGUGACCUGACUUCAUACCUGAAGACGCUAAAGGCUGUUCAUUCAGGUGCCGACCUUGAAUCUGCCAUCGAUACCUGUUUGGGUUACUCUUCUAAGGGUUAUGAUUUUAUGGGUGGAGUUCAAGUUCGUUCAAUUGGUGGCUUAUCUCCAAAAUUGCAGGAAUGCUUGAGCUUUGUAAAGCUUCACAUUGAGGAUAAUAACAUUCGUCUGUUGAUGGAGAAAUUGUUAGAGUGCCGCAUUGAACUUCGCCCGCUUCUCCUCACAUCUCAUGAGAGGUUGAAAGACUUGAUAUUUCUGGAUCUGGCACUGGAUUUUUCUGUCAAAACAACUAUUGAGAGGGGGUUCAAGGAGCUACGUGAUGCCCAUAUUCCAGAUAUCCUGUUCUUCAUUUCUUUGCUGAUUGAAAAUUCUUGUCUAUCUACUGUCAACAAUGAAGAUCUGAUUUUUUGCACGAAGGAUUGGUACCGAAUCUGUGAAUCAUACAAACCCAAUGAUGACCAAUGGGCAUUACAAGCAAAGUCUGUCAUUGAUCGAGUGAGGCUAUCACUCACUGAUAAGGCCCAGUACUACUAUGACAUGAUUCAGCCUAGUGCAGAAUAUCUUGGCAAACUGCUAAUGGUGGAAAAAUGGGCAAUUGACAUUUUCACAGAGGAAUUAAUAAGAGGGGGAUCAGUGACAUGUCUCUCUAUGCUUGUUAACCGUCUAGAUCCUAUUCUUCGAAAAAUUGGAAACUUGGGCUGUUGGCAGAUAAUCAGUGCAGUGGAAGUAUGUGGUUUUGUAACAACUGUAAAUGAGUUAAUUAGUGUUCAAAACAAAGUUUAUGGGAGACGAACAGUACUUAUUGCAAAUAAAGUAUCUGGAGAGGAAGAGAUUCCAGAUGGAGUUGUUGCUGUGCUGACACCUGAUAUGCCUGAUGUUCUGUCUCAUGUUUCGGUUAGAGCAAGAAAUAGUAAGGUGUGUUUUGCCACAUGCUUUGAUCAGAGUAUUCUCAGGGCACUUAAAUUGAAGGAAGGUAAAGCAGUAUCUUUACAAGUAAAGUCAUCAAAUCUGGCGAUCAGUGACAUUAGUAGCUCAGAUGUGUCCCUUGGAGCCUCUGUUUCUUCCUCCAUUCCUCGAGGUCUGACCUUGAAAAAAAAAUCAUUUGCUGGUAAAUAUGCUGUUUCCGCUGAAGAGUUCACAACUGAGAUGGUGGGUGCAAAAUCUCGUAAUAUUCAAUUUUUGAGAGGCAGGGUGCCAUCAUGGAUAAAAAUUCCAACAUCAGUAGCUCUACCGUUUGGAGUCUUUGAGACAGUUUUAGCAUCAGAAUUAAACAAGGAUUUGGCAUCCAAAGUUUCUUCAUUGAGCAAGUUUGUUAAUGCUGGUGAUCUUUCAAAACUCCGAGUAAUUCAAGAAACAAUACUACAAAUGAGAGCUCCUUCUCAGUUGGUUAAUGAAUUCAGAAGCAAAAUGAAAAGUUCAAGGAUGCCUUGGCCCGGCGAUGAAGGCGAGGAGAGAUGGAAUCAAGGUUGGCAAGCAACAAAGAAGGUUUGGGCUUCAAAGUGGAAUGAAAGAGCAUAUGUUAGUUGCAGGAAAGCCAAUCUUAAUCAUGAUAACCUUUGCAUGUCUGUUUUAGUUCAAGAAGUAAUUGCUGCUGAUUAUGCUUUUGUUAUCCAUACAAGAAAUCCCUUAUCAGGAGACACCUCAGAGAUAUAUACAGAGAUUGUCAAAGGACUGGGAGAAACCUUAGUAGGUGCUUAUCCUGGACGAGCAAUGGGUUUUAUUACCAAAAAGUCUGACUUAAAAUCUCCAAAGAUUCUUGGUUAUCCUAGCAAGAAAAUCGGGCUAUUUAUUCGGAAGUCUCUUAUAUUCAGAUCAGACUCGAAUGGUGAAGAUUUGGAAGGAUAUGCUGGAGCAGGGCUUUACGACAGUGUACCCAUGGACAAAGAGGAGGAAGUUAUAUUGGACUAUUCAUGCGACCGUCUAGUAACUGAUAAAGGGUUCCAACGGUCAAUAUUUUCAAGAAUUGCUGAGGCAGGAAAAAUCAUUGAGAGCUUAUACUCUUCUGCUCAAGACAUAGAAGGUGUAGUAAAAGAUGGCGAAAUAUAUGUGGUUCAAACUAGGCCACAAAUGUAGUCUAUUAUGAUGCAGAAACUAUAAAGACCGCCUUCUACUUACCAGCGCAAAAUACCAUUGAAUUUAUCGCAUUAUAUUUCUAAAUUAGUCGUGCAAUACUAUUUUUUCUUCGGUUAGAUCCCUUUUUGUUAACCUUAGAAAUUUGGUCGUGUCAAAAUGUAAUAGAAUCCUCAAAAGAAUUCAUAUUUUCUUGUGCUUUAUAUAUUUUUAGCACUGAAUUUGUUGUA